AUGCAGUUCUUUGAUAUCAUCAUCGCCCUCUUCGCCAGCGCCGCUAUGGCAGCCCCUGCCCCUGCCCCUGGCCCCGCCCUCGUCGAGCGGGACGGCCCCAGCGGCCACGAGGUCCAGAUCCGCGGCUUCACCUACGGCGGCUCGGGCUGCCCGGCGGGCUCGGUCGGGAGCAUGCUGUCGGACGACCUGACGACGCUGACGCUCAUCUACGACGCGUUCGUGGCGCAGGCCGGCAAGGGCAUCGAGCCCAAGGAGCGCCGCAAGAACUGCCAGGCCAACGUCAAGCUGCACUACCCGCAGGGCUGGCAGUACUCGGUCUUCAAGGCCGACUACCGCGGCCACGCCACCCUCCCCCCCGGCGCGACGGGAACGUGCAAGGCCACGUACUACUUCUCCGGCAGCUCGCAGCAGGUCUCGAAGGCCCAGGACUUCAAGGGCCCGUACAACGCAGACUACCUCAAGACAGACGCCUUCGGCAUCGAGAGCACCGUCUGGUCGCCGUGCGGCGCCGAGGGCAUGCUCAAUGUCAAUUCGGCCGUCCAGCUGGACCCGCUGGCGUCGGAGCAGCCCGCUCUCCUGACGUCCGAGUCGACCGAUCUCAAGUUCAAACAGAUCCACUACCUGCAGUGGAGGAAGUGCAACAAGAAGGCAUGAAGGACUGCAUGGGGGAUGGUAGACAGGGGAUGAAAGCGCUGCGAAAUGUCGGUUUUCGGUGGGAGAAUGUGAUAUCAGAAUUGAGGAUGGAGGGGAACUGGAAAUGUGAACUCUAGUGAAGGGGCACAACUGGACAUUGACUCACUUGUUUCCUGUUGCGGAUGCGGUAUUCUUUUCUUUCCUGUUUUGUGGAGUUCAGAUUGUCAUCUAUGCUCAC